AGGACGUCUUCCCGUGCAAGGACUGCGGGAUCUGGUACCGGAGCGAGCGCAACCUGCAAGCCCACCUGAUGUACUACUGUGCCAGCCGGCAGAGCGCCGGCUCGCCCGCCCUGGAGGAGAAGCCCAAGGAGACCUACCCCAACGAGCGCAUCUGCCCCUUCCCCCAGUGCAAGAAGAGCUGCCCCAGCGCCAGCUCCCUGGAGAUCCACAUGCGGAGCCACAGCGGAGAGCGGCCGUUUGUCUGCUUGAUCUGCCUGUCUGCCUUCACCACAAAAGCCAACUGUGAGCGUCACCUGAAGGUGCACACGGACACCCUGAAUGGAGAGCGGCCGUUUGUCUGCUUGAUCUGCCUGUCUGCCUUCACCACAAAAGCCAACUGUGAGCGUCACCUGAAGGUGCACACGGACACCCUGAAUG